AUGUCUGCAAUGCUGGUGCUGUUCGAUGCCUGCUGGAGGCCAGACAUGCCUGAUGCUGGAGAACACCUGCCAGGUGUGCACAACAGUGCCUGGGUUCAAUGUCCAACCCACGACGUGCUGCGGGCCUUUGCUGAGAGUCAAGACUGGGCGCAUGAGCGUUUACAGCGUUAUGUCACUGAAGUAGUGCGCUUUUUUGCCGACGAUCCACGAGUUGUGGUGUGGGACAUAUACAACGAACCCACACAGCGACAGAGUGAGCACCUCAUUCUUCCUCGAUUGUCUGCUCUCAAAAGCUGGCCAGCCGAUCAAUACCCGGAGCAUUGGAUGUUGGACGGGCCGAAGCUGCAAGCCAUAAUGCUUCUACUAGAGAAGGCCUUCACAUGGGCACGAGCGGCAAAGCCAACACAGCCACUCACGACUGCCAUUUGGGAGUUUCCCAGCCCAGCGGAUAGCGAGGAUGUCAAGCAGUUCAAGGAGCAGCUGAAUCAGAAGCUGAUCGAUCUCAGUGAUGUGCCGUCAUUGCAUUGCUACUGCCCCCCCAAGCGAGCUGGACGCACGACUGGUGGAAUUGGAAGCACUCGAUCGAGGGCCAGCCUUGGUCACAGAAUUCAUGGCACGCCCACUGGACUCGACGCUUACAAACAGUUUGCCUGUGCUGAAACGACGCGGCGCUCCUGGCUACACCUGGGGCCUUUUUCGAGGCAAGUCCAACACCCAUGAUUCGCUUGAUGACCCAUGGUUUCACGACGUUUUUUACGAGAAUGGCACGGCAUAUGAUGAAGAUGAGUUGAAGAGCAUUUGGUGGCAUACCAUUGGCAGUGCUUUGCACAGUUAACUCAGUUGACUGGAAAAA